UUGCAGAUUUUAAUUUUUAUAAAGGUACAUAAACAGACAUGUAUAGUGGGUUAUUAGUGCAAUUAGUCAUAGAUCCAUACAUAGCUACAAAGUAAGAAGAGAGAGAGAUAGAGAGAGCUGAAAAAGUUGGUUUCUUGGAGUGGAAGGGUGUUCAUUUUUGUUACAUUUUUAGCAAGAAAUGAACAACAUUUUUUUGCAGAUAUUAAUUUUCUUAUAGCUAUAUAGAAACAGAUAUAUAUAGUGGGGUAUACCAACAAAAUCAGUCAUAGGAGAGAGAGAAAGAGAGAGAGAAAAAAAAAAAAAAAAAAAAAAGGUGGCUUUUUUGAUUUGUUUUUUGGCUACUUGAACUUUAAGGGUGACCAUUAUCUUCAUAUUUCAUAAUAAAAAAAAAUGAACAACUAAUUUACAUAUAUUGAUUUCUAUAUAGGGUAGUUCUGCAAUUUGUUAUAGAUCUAUACAUAGAAAGUAUAAAGAGAGAGAGAGGGAAAAAAAAAGGUGGAUUCUUGAACUCAAAAGGGCAGCCAUUUUCUUUAUUUUCAGCUUCAAAUUUGCAGAUAAUGAUUUGUAUAUGUCUAUGUAGACAAAUAUAAUUAGUGGGGUAUCAGUGGAAUUAGUCAUAGAUCCAUUUUAUUGGUUCUUUCUCACAACUUGAGAGAAAUAGCAAUCAACUACAGUAAAAAAAGGUGGAUUCUUGAACUUAAAAGGUGACAUUUUUCUUCAUUUUGAGCUCAAAAUUUGCAGAUAUUUGAUUUGUAUAUAGCUAUAUAGACAGAAAUAUAGAGUGGGGUGUCAGCAAAUUAGUCAUCUGAAGUGGGGUUUGAUCAAUCUUGAAUUCUUGAAAUUGAAAUGGAAAGCACAACAGCAUCAGCACAAGGUCCAACACCACCAGCUGAGGAGUUGUUAAAAAAGAUUCAAGAAUUGGAAGCAGGACAUGCUCAAUUGAAGCAAGAGAUGUCUAAGCUCAUGAUUUGUGAUGAUCAUAGAACACAAAGACAAAGGUCACAUUCAAUUUCACCACAAAGACCGCCUCGAAUUCGAGCUGGUGGUGGAUUUGAUGGUGCCUGGAAAAGAGGGUCAACUUCAUUCAGGCAUUCUUCACCAUUGCAAAGAGAGAGUAGUAGUAAAGGUGAGGGAGGAGAGAGUAGUAUUGGUGUAGGAGGAGGGCCUGCUGCUGUGAAAUUUACUGAUAGACAGUAUUUGAAUAUAUUACAGUCAAUGGGACAAGCAGUGCAUAUACUUGAUCUCAAUGGUCAAAUAAUUUACUGGAAUCGAACUGCUGAAAAACUAUAUGGUUAUUCUGCUGCAGAAGCUCUUGGACGAGAUCUCAUUGAACUCCUAACAGAUACUCGGGAUCAUGAUGCUGCUAAUAACAUUGUAUACCGAGUGUUAAGGGGUGAGAAUUGGACUGGACAAUUUCCAGUUAAGAAUAAGCAAGGGGAAAAAUUCGUAGUAGUUGCUACCAAUACCCCUUUUUAUGAUGAUAAUGGUACUUUGCUCGGUGUUAUUUGUAUAUCGAGUGAUAUGAGGCCUUUCCAAGAAACAGGGCUCGAGUCGAUGGGAGUAAAGCAGUUGGAAGCUGAUACAAGAUUUAGAGCCAGAACCCUUGCUUCUUCCAAACUUGGACUUGAUCCUCAACAGCCCCUACAAGUUGCCAUUGCCUCCAAAAUAUCUAAUUUGGCCUCAAAGGUGAGCAACAAGGUUAAAUCGAAAAUAAAGACGGGAGAGAGCAGCGUGCUUCGCGAAGGUGGAAGUGGAGAUAGUCAUUAUUCUGACCAUGCAUUUUCUGAUGCUGCUCUCUCAGAUCACAGGGAGGAUGCAAAUUCAAGUGGAGCUAGUACGCCUAGGGGAGACGUUCACCCUUCUCCUUUUGGAGUAUUUUCUGGGAAUGAAAGUGAGGGAAAACAAGGGAUUUCUAAGAUUAUCACCUCGAAGGCAGAGGCGUGGAUGGCGAAGAAGAGCUUAUCAUGGCCAUGGAAAGGUAAUGAGCGAGAAGCAUCAGAGCCAAGUACUACACGAUCUGUAUGGCCUUGGCUAAACAAUGACCAAGACAAUGAGUUAAAUCACAUUAAUACAUUUAAAGCAGACAAUCAGGUUAUUGAGACUAACCGGAUAGCCACUAAUGAAGCUCCAGGAUCCUGGUCUUCAAUUAAUAUCAACAGCACUAGCAGUGUUAGUAGCUAUGGAAGCAACGCCAGUAGUGCUGUUAAUAAGGUGGACAUGGAUACUGACUGCCUGGAUUAUGAAAUCUUGUGGGAGGACUUAACUAUUGGAGAACAGAUUGGAGAAGGAUCUUGUGGAACUGUUUAUCAUGGGCUGUGGUAUGGAUCAAUCGCCCUUAUGAAAAGACUUCGACAUCCAAAUAUUCUUCUAUUCAUGGGUGCUGUCACUUCACCACAACGCCUCUGCAUUGUGACAGAGUUUCUGCCACGGGGAAGUCUGUUCAGGCUAUUACAGAAGAAUUCAUCCAAAUUAGAAUGGAGACGACGAAUCCACAUGGCUUUAGACGUAGCUCGUGGAAUGAACUAUCUUCAUCAUCUUAGCCCUCCUAUAGUUCAUCGCGACUUGAAGUCUUCAAAUCUUCUUGUGGACAAGAACUGGACUGUUAAGGUUGGAGACUUUGGUCUGUCACGUCUUAAACAUGAAACGUAUCUAGCAACAAAGACGGGUAAAGGAACGCCUCAAUGGAUGGCUCCAGAAGUUCUUCGCAAUGAACGUUCAGAUGAGAAGUCUGAUAUAUACAGUUUUGGAGUGAUACUAUGGGAACUCGCCACUGAAAAAAUUCCUUGGGAUAACCUCAACACAAUGCAGGUGAUUGGAGCUGUAGGAUUCAUGAAUCAGCGGUUAGACAUCCCAAAGGAUGUUCAUCCUCAAUUGGCUUCUAUUAUCGAGAGCUGUUGGCACAGUGAGCCACAAUGUCGUCCUUCAUUCCAAGAGUUGGUGGAGAAACUUAAGGAUUUGCUGAAGCAGUACGUUAUUCAGGCGCAGGCAGGACGUAGCAGCCAGAAGGAACAUUAGAUACAAAUAGCGGGCAUUUGUGGUUGAGUUUCAUCAGACGCAUUGCUAACUCUUCAAGAUUUUAUGGCUGUCGCAUGAAAGUUGGUCGUCAGUCAGAGCUCACGAACUGCUUGUGUUGUCGGAUUCUAUGUUCAGAGGCUAAAUGUUAGGCUUGCAGUCAAUUCAAAUGGAGAAAAAGCAGCUGCAUUUUACUGGAGUCAGAGUCGCUACUUGUCAUUAAUUGACUAACAUGAGUCUUAACAUGAUUCUUCUUCGAUGAGUUCACAGUUUUGCAUUGGUUGUUAUCUUGUGUGAAGUGAAUUCGUCUGCAAAUCGUUGUGGGUUUUAUAUGGUUGCAGCAUUCAAAUAUUUUGUAUAUUGAAUGAGAAAUUAGCGUUCAAGUUGGUACGUGUGAGUCUUAGAGGUUAUUGGUUUUCUUCCUUUGCUUUUGCUCCUUUGAAUGCAACCUUUAAUUUCGCUGAAUCUGUAACUGAGAGUAUCAUUCAUCACU